GCGGCUGCAGGCGGGCGGCGGGCAGCGGCGCGGCGCCUGACCGCAGGGCUCCGCUCCGCUCCCGAGGAUGCUGCGGGGCGAUGCCCGGCGACAGGGAGGACGAGAUCUGCCAGAAAGCGCUGCAGCUGCUGGCCGAGCUGUGCUCCGUCGGGGCGGUGGAAAACGAGAACUGCCGGGAUUUCAUCUACUACCUGCGGGACAGAGCCCGGCCCCGCCUCAGCGACUCAGAUAUCUCAAUAAGCUUGCUCUCCUUAGUUGUCACGGCCUGUGGUCUUGCUCUGUUUGGCGUGUCCCUGUUCGUGUCCUGGAAGCUGUGCUGGAUCCCCUGGCGGGAGCGGGGUUUGCCCUUCGGGAACAAGGACAGCAAGCAGGAGCCGCUGCACUACACGGACACGGAGCCCCAUGACCGUGACUACAGUGAGGAUUACCUGGGCCAGCCUGCCGCCUAUCCCGAGGCCUCCUCCAUGAAGAUCAGCCACACCUCCCCUGAUCUUCCAUUAGACACCCAGGCAGGAGCAAAGGAGAACUGCGUGCCCAAUGUGCGAAUGCAGCGGCAGAUCACUGAGCCGACCUCGUCUGCCCGGCACAAUUCAAUCCAGAGACAGCUCAACCUGUCCAACCCUGACUUCAACAUCCAGCAGGUCCAGAAGCAGGAGCAGCUGACGGGCAUUGGCCGCAUUAAGCCAGAGCUGUACAAGCAGAGGUCACUGGACACUGACGAUGGCCGGAGGAGUAACAGCAAGGCCUGUGGAAAACUCAACUUUAUCCUCAAGUAUGACUGUGAUUUAGAGCAGCUGAUAGUGAAGAUUCACAAGGCCAUCAACCUGCCAGCAAAGGACUUCUCUGGAACUUCAGAUCCGUACGUGAAGAUCUAUCUGCUUCCCGACAGGAAAACAAAACACCAGACUAAAGUGCACAGAAAGACCCUAAAUCCAGUAUUUGAUGAAGUUUUUUUAUUUACUGUCCCAUACAAUGAUCUCAACACAAGGAAACUCCAUUUCUCUGUGUAUGACUUUGACAGAUUCUCCAGGCACGACUUGAUUGGCCAAGUGGUAGUGGAUAAUUUUUUAGAUUUGGCAGAUUUUCCCAGGGAAUGUAAUAUUUGGAAGGAUAUUGAAUAUGUCACCAAUGAUAACGUGGAUCUUGGUGACCUUAUGUUUUCGCUCUGCUACCUUCCAACAGCUGGUAGACUAACUAUUACAAUAAUAAAGGCAAGAAAUUUAAAGGCAAUGGAUAUCACAGGAGCAUCAGAUCCCUACGUGAAGGUUUCUUUAAUGUGUGAAGGAAGGCGGCUAAAGAAAAGGAAAACUUCCACCAAGAGGAACACCCUGAAUCCCGUUUACAAUGAAGCCAUAGUCUUUGACAUCCCUCCAGAAAACAUUGACCAAAUUAACUUGUCGAUAGCUGUUAUGGAUUAUGACCGUGUAGGUCACAAUGAGGUCAUUGGAGUUUGUCAAGUGGGCAACGAUGCAGAGAGUCUAGGGCGCGACCACUGGAACGAAAUGCUCUCGUACCCUCGGAAACCCAUCGCUCACUGGCAUCCUCUUGUGGAGAACAGUGCAUUGCCAAAUGAUUGCAUCUCAGUAUCAAGAGAGAAAACAAUGCCUUUGUUAUCGAGUAGAAAAAAAAGGAUGCGGAGAAAAUAAUCCACAAUACUGUAGAAUUUAAUAGAAGCCCCCUGUGCUGUGAAACCAGCAGCAGGACAGACUUGGUGACAGCAUCACACUGAAUCUUGGUGCAGUUAGUGACACCAGAACUCCGUGCUGAAGUGACGGCCUUGCAGCACGUGAGCCAAGCUGUGCCAGGUGCCAGUUGUAUUCCGGUGGCACCACAGCAUCCAAGGCUGAGCAGUUCCCAGAGCCGUGUUUACACUUCAUUCCUGACACAGUGGGUUGGGCAAGGAGCCACAGCUGGAAGUUCUCCAGGGCCCUGCGGUUCUCUGGGAGCACAUCCAUCUCCUUGGAGGCCCACAAAGGGCACGGCGGUGGCACUGCCCAGGAAAGGCGUCAGCUGCUGAGCGAAGGCAGCGCACGUGGCACAGAGGGGAAGGUGAUGGGAGGACUUGUAGACAUCUGGGCUCCUCAUUUGUCGUUUGUUUUGUCUGGGCUCUUUAGUUCCUCCUUCUUUUGCUCAAACGUAGACGUAAAACUGAGGUGUUUUACUCAGUUGCAUGCUGGCCAGCUGCCAUCUUUAAUCCCCAUCGCAAAGGUGCGUGAAGAGAGGUGUGUUGUUUUGCUGUACUUUUGGUUUUGAUAACACAUGAACAUUGUACUAUACUUUAUUAUUUCUUGUUCAAUAAAUAGUCCUGGUAUCUCUAUGUUUCAUGUCUAAUUUUGGAGAGUAGAGCCAUACCUGUAUCGAGGCUCUCUCAAUUAGGUGGGCAUUUUGUUCGUUCAGUAAUAAUGCAUGAUUCCUUUCGCAGUGAUGGUUUGAGGGACAAAAAAAUUCUUAAUUUUGUAAUAUGUAUUACAAUCUUCUAAACACAAGUAAAAAUGUACUGUGAUUUAUUUAUAUAAAUCUAGUCUGAACAAAUAAGUUUUGAUCUUAAUAAAAACUCUGUAAGAAAUUGUG